CACAGGGUCAUAUGACCUGGCGUGUCAUGUGGGGAAAGCCGUCACGGUAAACAGGAAGUAUAAAAUCUCAUCUACUGGUGUGCUGGAUGAGAAAUAGACACAACGGGCCGUACCUCGGAAUCCAGACAGAAUCAAAACAAUAGCGACAUGGGCUGGACUGAGUCCUUACUGGUCAUCUUGACCGGACUUCUUUAUCAUGUAAAGGGCGACAUUCUGUGCAUCAACAGCGACUACCCAUAUUCUAGCACCUGGUGUUAUGGAGAUGGUGCCUAUUGCUGCAGCGACUUCUCCGAUAUCUGUUGUUACCAAACCUUUGUCUACCAGUACUGGUGGUUCUGGUCUAUUUGGGUCAUCAUCUUCUUUUCUAUCGUUAGCUGUGUCAUAUGCUUGCGACGCCGACGUGCUCGUCAGAACUACGUACGGUUUGGACAGCCAGAGUAUGGGACAACUUCUGUUGUGACAACAACAUCCAAUCAGAAUGUUGUCUACCCCCAGGGCUAUCCCCCACAGCAGGGCUACCCCCCACAGCAGGGCUACCCCCCACAGCAGGGCUACCCGCAGCAGGGCUACCCACAGCCAGCCCAACAAGGCUAUCAACAACCUGCCGCCGCAGGAUACCCAGCGGCUGCCCCGCCGAAAUACUCCGAUGUUGCUCCCCCCGGAUAUGCACCAGCACAGAAAUCUGCUCCACCACAAAACCAGUGAGGCAUUUGGUAGGGCAGUACACGUUGUCACUUCUGGUGUUUUAGCCGAUGACGUCACGUCCGGGAUAUUUAUUUACCCUUGUAGGGGUAAACGUCAGAUGAACAGUGAUCAGUGAAUGUUCAGUUUGGUUUAUUUUUACUACAGAACAAAAUGAAAUGAACAAUAUGAUGUUCAUGUUGUGAAAUACAGUGUACAUAUCUUAGUUUGAAAAAAAUGAUGUACCGAUUAAGUGUCUUUGAUUUCCUGUCAUUGAGAUUAAGAAAAAUUUUAAAACUGUGCAAUAUGUUAGUUACAUUGAAUGGCAUAAUGUUUAAGUUGAUAUAGAGCCAAUGGAAUCAUUGUAUCUUGGGCGAUGAACAGUAUUAUCAUAUUCGAAAAAAAUCCCUGAAGACAUUGAAAUGAUCAUUUAAAAAAAAAAAUACUGCAAUAUUCAGACACAAAAAAUAGUAAUGGCUUAAAUGCAUUAAACUUAUUUAGUAAGCAGGUUAUGUAAAGGUUCAUAUUUGGUACAAAUUGCAUCUUUGUUUUGAAGAAAAAUAAAUGGAACUCUCUUUGAAAUACAUGAACUUAAAACAGCGAGGAAUCUCUAGGUGGUUGUAUAUCUAAUGAGAAUUCCCAAGUUUUUGGGAAUCAGUUUGGCAGAACAUUGCUAAAAAAAAAUUGCUUGACGCAUUUCAUGAACUUAAUGUGAAACGGACACGCAUUUAAAAACAGUGUUUAUGCAUACACAGAACACAAGUUCAUUUUUAGUAAAAAGUACUCCAUUUUCUCAAACUUAUGACAAAGUUUGCGUCAAAUAUGAAAGUAGAUGAGCUUGUUUUCAGUGACAUGUGUACAUCUAUGUCUAUAUGCACUUUUGUUCAUUUUUAAUUAAAAAUAAAUGUAGCCAAAAAUUUAUGUAAUAGAUUCACAAA